UAUAGCGGGACUGCGGUGGGCAUUCUGAUACUGGGGGGAACUGACUUGGUGUCACUGACAUCCCCAGUGACACCAAUACAGUGGUCAGUGCUAAUAAAAAGCACUAACACUGUACAAAUGGCUCUGGGCAGGAAGGGGUUAACAUGUGGGGCAAUCAAAGGGUUAAAUGUGUGCUGCGUGCUGUUUUACUGUAUGCUGUGUGUGUGUGCUUCACUCUAAGCACACUGCAGAGCUAUUCAAAACAGUGUGCAGGAGCUGACAGGGGAGAGAACUGUAUUGUUUACAUACAGGCCCCCUACCCAGACAUGCAAAAUCAU